GCCCCGCGCCCCUCCGCCGCUAGUUUUCCCCGGUCGGUCGGCUGUCGUCCUGCUAGGGCGCCAUAGACAGCGCGGCUGCGCACUGCGACGCUGCCUUAUCUGCGGCCAGCGACCCGCUUUCAGCACCAGCGGACGCGCAACAGCUCCGCGACGCCACUAGAAAGCAUCGGUACCUGGAGGCUCGUAUCGGGUGGAAAGCGAGUCUUGCCUAUGCGGAGCCAUCGGAAAUCUGACGGGCAUUUUUAAAGUACGCCUUAAACAAUACACUAGUGGGGAUCCCAUUUUCCGGACACAACAAGCCACAAGGAUGGCGUCUAAGAGCACGGGAUUUUUAAUCAUCACUUACAUAUUCACUAUAACUGUGUACCACAUCUGUUCCUUUCCUACACCCGCAUUGAGAAAUGUUCAUACUGUUUAUAACAGAGAGCUGAGUGAAGAACGACCACUGGAGGAGCAGAUCGCAGAAGCGGAUAGUGUCAGUAAAGCCAAACCAGUCGAAGAAACACGCCGGUCUGACUCAACGGAGCCAAGAAUAGAUCCUGACAACAAUAAUUUCAGCACCGUCAGGUCGGCAGCAGAGAGAGCCAAGAAUCCGGAGAAGGCGAGUCCCAGCACCGGCGUCCUGGAUGGGCAGCAUUUUACAGAAGAUGCUGACUCCACUAAAAGCAGAGGACUGACAGACGACUACGACUCCACCAAAAACGGCAUGGACUACAGAUUCAGAGACGAUCCAGAGAGUUUCCGGCAGCUUGACGGGACCCCGCUAACAGCAGAGGACAUCGUACAAAAGAUCGCAAACAAAAUAUACGAAGAAGACGACAGGGGAGUUUUCGACCGGAUUGUCUCCAAGCUCUUGAAGCUCGGGCUGAUUACAGAGAGCCAGGCUGAUACACUGGAGUAUGAGGUGGCUGAGGCCUUGCAAGACCUCAUCACCAAGAACGCCAAAAAAAAUGAAGUUGACGACAUCAGCAUGGAGUUUCCCAUCUCCAGAACCAAAGACGUGGAGCAGAACCAUGGUCUGAAGGAGACUGCGAGGAAGGACAUCGGGGGUGAGGUGGAGAAGGAGAGCGGGGUGGCGGAGCCAGGAGAGCAGGGUCGCGAUGACACGGUGGAUGGCGUGCAGGCCCCACGCAGGAAGUCAGAGCUCAGCAGUGAGAUGAGCACCAUGGACGGCCUGGACGACCUGCAGUAUUUCCCCAACUUCUACAACCUCCUCAAGAGCCUCAGCUUAGAGAAAGAUGCACAGGAGAGAGAAACUCUGAUCACCAUUAUGAAAACCCUGAUUGAUUUUGUGAAGAUGAUGGUCAAAUACGGCACCAUCACACCGGAGGAAGGAGUGUCUUACCUCGAAAACCUGGACGCCAUGAUUGCUCUUCAGACGAAGAAUAAACUUGGAAAAUCUUUGGCAGCGUCGGACAUAAAACCGCCCACAGAGAGAAGCGGAGACGAGGUGGACAACACAAAGGAAGCGACGGCCCGGAUGCAGAAAGAGUACGAGUCGCUGAAGGACUCCACCAAGGACAGCCAGGGAGUCGUCGAGACAGGCCACCCAGGGAAGUCAGAAAUCUACCUGGAGGCCAUCAGGAAGAAUAUUGAGUGGCUCAAAAAGCACAAAAAAGACACCAACAAGGAAGAUUACGACCUGUCCAAGCUGAGGGACUUCAUGGACCAGCAAGUGGACACCUAUGUGGACAAUGGCAUCUUGCAGAAGGACGAGGGCGAGGUCAUCAAGCGGAUUUACAGCAGCAUGUAAAGCUGCGGGCGUCCCGGGGUGCGUGGGGCAGGAGAGUCACGGAAAAAAAAUGGGGUGUGCAGCAAAGAUAAAUAAUCGACAUGAAACUAACUGCCUCACGCUUCCCAGAAGGUUUACCCCUACGUGGUUAUAUUAAAUUAGUAACGCAGCAAUAAUCGUAUUAUUAUUGUUGAAUACUUCUUUCAAACUGCAGUACCCUAUGUUAUGCAGUGAUAGUACAGUGCUGUUCAGCUUACUGUCGACUGACUAAUGCCACUGAAUUAUCUGGCUACCACCUCAAAAUGUCACCCACGACCGCGCGGAAGGGAAAGCACAGCGAAGGUGAGAGGCUCCUUGAAACAAAAGAUACUGAAAAAUUUAACUGACAACAAAGUGGAUGUGAAAACCACUGAAUAGACUAGAGACCCAGUUCAGUAGGAAAUAGUGGCCAAGCAUCGUCUUAACAUGGAUGUUGAAUUUAUAAUCAUUCAUACCAAUCUGUGUUCCACAGCAUGCCAACACAGGUAUUUUUCGUUAGCGCAAAAAUAUGAAAUAGUGUGCAAUGGCUUUCAGUUCAGUCGGAAAAAAAAUUCAUACCAAUCAGCGACAUUCAGCAUGAUUUGCUAUUUCUGGCGAGAUUUUGUUGAGAAGAGCUCUUUAAGAGACCAAGAGGUGGCGCUGUUUAACUCCUCAUUGUGUGAGACUCAGUCUCCAUUAGCCACACCACAAAAAAGCAUUUGAAGUUUUAAGAAGCAUAAUGAAGUAUUUCUAAAUGUAAAUAUGUGAUUUUUUUCCAAAAUGUAAAAGCAAUUAAAACUUUUCCUUUCUGUA